AUGGCUGUUGAUCAGAUGUACAGUUUGGUGAAGCCGAACUUUAUUAGUCCAAUCAUGUUUGGAGCUAACUUGGUUAUGUACUCCAUUGCACGCAGCAAAAUGGCAGUUAACAUAUAUGGAAAACUGCAUCCGGGUGGACAAUACAAAACUAUGAGGUCAUGGCUUGAUGGAUUAACAAUGGAAAUCCCAACGAUGCCUGAGAAUGAUAUAUUAACUGCAAUAGACAACGACCAAGUUCUACUAAAAAGGUGGACCGUGCGCAAGGACAAUCAUGCACAAAUAAGUAUACUAACAAGUGUCUGCUGUGCAGAGGUUGGUUCCAUGGACCCUGUUCUACAAUGAAAUGAAAGGCUUGCACCAAGGUACAUGCAAAUUGUGUAAGAUAUAGGGUUACAGUAAUUAUUAUUCACCUCUAUUCAAAUUUCAUUUUAGGAAUUUAAAAGUUGCCUUGAAGUAUUUUUCUUUGGUUAUACAAAGUCAUUUCAAACUAAACUCAGAUAGAGUUUGGCCUUGGAAAACUGCAUAUCAAUUUUGCUACCCCAAUUACAUGCAUUGAUUCUUUAUUCCAAAUAAUAUUACUUAGUACAUGUAUGUUAAGUGCAGCCAGGAAUCCUUGUUUCUUCGAGUACCUUCAAUUUCUUAAUAAUUAUCCUCGAUUUGUCAUUUAAAAAAUACACAUCCCUUAGGCUUUCCUCACAUGACUGUUAUUUUACCCCAAUUAAAUGAAACUCUCAAUUUAUCAUUAUAUUUUUGCUAAUCCAGUGGCAUAUAUAUAUAUAUAUAGUCAUUUUUUGCCUAUAUUAUAACAAAGUACCGUACUGGAUCUUAAUUUUGUUUUUACAGUUUGUGUAUUCUGGCAAAGUAAUUUAUUUAAUCAUUAUUUUGCUAACAGCAAAUGGCCUGAAAGAUUAGCAGAGGCCAAAAAUGACCCACUGAGGGAAAUGCAACUUGUCCAAGAUUGUUCUGCCAACAAUGAGGAUGUCAUGCUCUUACGUAAGGAGGUAAUAGAAAGAAGUACAUGUAACUCAUUAAUAGAGAAUGUUUUCAUUUGUUACUUAUCUGUAUGAAACUGAGUUUAUUAAUCAGGAUACACAUCAUAUUUAUAUUAUCAUUUUUGUUGUUUCUUGGUUUUCUAGAAUAAGAAAAUGAUUCAUGACAUCCUCUACAAAGUUGUGAGAGAGCAGACAAAUUCUGAAGGCAGCUGGACAGAUGACAUUGACAUGAGGGUUGCAGAGAUGCAGGCUAAAGAAGGGAUGCGCGUGUGCCCUGUAUGCAACACCAGCAUGCCAAAGACAAAGCGCAAAUGUACUAAUCAAGAGUGUCGAGUCAGUUUGAAAAGUGCUGAAAGGGAAGCCAAUGACACUGACAUCCUUGGGACUGCACUUGUUGCCGCUAUCCGCACUUAUCAUCACAGAGUCCAUGAAACGUCACUUGGGUUCCAAAUUGAAGAAGAUAAGGCAUUUGUUUACAGCAAUGAGGAGAUCUGGGAAACUCACAAGAAAUGGACUGAUGUCCCAAGUGGGCAUCCAGCAAAUCCUAUCAAGAUGCAAACUUGCGACCCAGUGUUCCUUAACCCCAAUUCAUUUGAUUCCAUUAAAGAAGUCCUUAGGCGGGUAGACAAACCAAAUGCACGCGAAUGGUUGAGUGUCACCAUGGAUGGAUCCCCAUAUUUGGUCAGUAGAACUGUGAUUGACACCGUCUAUUUGUGUUGUGAUUGUGAAGCAGAGGUUCUCAAAAGAGAGCAAGAUGAACAUCGUGCUGAUGAACACAGGGGCCGGAGGGUUAAGUUUGUUCAAGAGUUCGACUGGGUGUUAUUGCGCACUGGAAAACUGCACUUGGAAAUGAACAUGCAAAGUCAUUCACUAGCCUUUACUGGGAUGUGUUCAUGUGUCAUCUGGCCAAAGAGUUGGGGUUCAAUUCUAAAGCAGCUCAGAAGUUUGUCAAAAAAUGCUCUGAUCAUCACAAAACAAUGUCUAUUUUGA